AUGCUCUGGGCCAAGGGGCUGGGGCUGGCGGUGGGGGCUGUGGCCGUCUUGGGGCUGGGGAUCAUCCUGGGCCACUUUGCCAUCCCCAAAGGGGCCAACUCCCCAGCCCCCAGCACCGAAGGCUCCCAGGACCUGGACCUGCAGAUGCUUGCGACCGUCCUGGGGCAGAUGGAGGCCAGCAGGAUCCGGGAGAACCUGCGGGAGCUGUCCCGGGAGCCGCACAUGGCCACGGGCCACCGGGACGAGACCCUGGUGCAGCUGCUGCUGCAGCGCUGGCGGGACCCGGAGUCAGGCCUGGACGCGGCCGCGACCAAUGAGCACGAGGUCCUGCUGUCCUUCCCCAGCUCCGAGCAGCCCAACCUCAUCCGUGUCGUGAGCUCCACCGGCACGGUCCUGCACACCUAUCACCCGCGGGAGGAGAACGUGACUGGAGAGCAGGCGGGGCCGGACGUGGUGCAGCCCUUCGCCGCCUACGCUCCGCCCGGGACCCCCCAGGGCCCCCUCGUCUUCGCCAACCAGGGCACCGAACAAGACUUCGAGAGGCUGCUGGCUGAGGGUGUCGCACUGGAGGGCACCAUCGCCCUAACUCGCUACGGGGGUGCAGGCCGCGGGGCCAAGGCUGUGAACGGCGCCAGGCACGGGGUGAUCGGGCUGCUGGUGUACACGGAUCCUGCCGACAUCAACGAUGGGCGGAGCUUGCCCAGCGAGACCUUCCCCUACUCCUGGGGCCUGCCUCCCUCGGGGGUGGAGCGAGGCUCCUACUUUGAGUAUUUUGGGGACCCCCUGACUCCCUACCUUCCAGCCAAACCCUCUUCCUUCCGCUUGGACCUUGCCAAUGCCUCCGGGUUCCCCCCCAUCCCUUCACAGCCCAUUGGUUUCCAGGACGCCAAAGACCUGCUCUGCAACCUCGGCGGACCCGUGGCCCCCCAGUCCUGGCAGGGAGCUCUGGGCUGCGAGUACAGGUUGGGGCCUGGCUUCCGGACUGGUGGGAGCUUCCCUGCCGACAGCCAGGUGAGCGUGAGCAUCUACAACCGCCUGGAGCUAAGGAACUCCUCCAACGUCCUGGGGAUCAUCCGCGGGGCCGUGGAGCCUGACCGCUACAUCCUGUAUGGGAACCACCGGGACAGCUGGGUCCACGGGGCCGUGGACCCCAGCAGUGGCACCGCCGUCCUCCUCGAGGUCUCCCGUGUCCUGGGGACCCUACUGAAGAAAGGCACCUGGCGCCCCCGCCGGUCCAUCGUGUUCGGGAGCUGGGGCUCAGAGGAGUUCGGGCUCAUUGGCUCCACAGAAUUCACAGAGGAGUUCUUCAGCAAACUGCAGGAGCGUACGGUGGCCUACAUCAACGUGGACAUCUCCGUGUUCGCCAACGCUACCCUCCGGGUGCAGGGCACGCCCCCUAUCCAGAGUGUCGUGUUUUCUGCAACCAGAGAGGUCCAAGCGCCAGGCCUCCGGGACCUCAGCGUCUAUGACAACUGGGUCCGGUACUUCAACCGCAGCAGCCCGGUGUACGGCGUGGUCCCCAGGCUGGGCUCCCUGGGUGCCGGCAGCGACUACGCACCCUUCGUUCACUUCCUGGGCAUCUCCUCCAUGGACAUCGCCUACACCUACGACCAGACCAAGACCUCAGCCCGGAUCUACCCCACCUACCACACAGCCUUUGACACCUUCGACUACGUGGAGAAGUUCCUGGACCCUGGCUUCAGCAGCCACCGGGCUGUGGCGCAGACGGUGGGCGACGUGCUCCUGCGGCUCAGUGACAGCCUCUUCCUGCCUCUGAACGCCUCGGACUACGGCGACACCCUGCGCAGCUUCCUGCAGGCUGCCCAGAGCGACCUCGGGGCCCCGCUGGAGCAGCACGGCAUCAGCCUGGGGCCCCUGGCGACCGCGGUGGAGCGGUUUGAGGCGGCGGCUGCAGCCCUGGACCAGCGGAUCUCGACGGCGCGGCAGGGCAGCCCCGACCCCCUGCAGGUCCGGAUGCUCAAUGACCAGCUGAUGCUAUUGGAGCGGAGCUUCCUGAACCCCAGAGCCUUCCCAGAGGAGCGCUACUACAGCCAUGUGCUCUGGGCACCCCGCACCGGAUCCACAGUCACAUUCCCGGGCCUGGCCAACGCCUUCUCCAGGGCCAGCGGCACAGAGCCUGGAUCUGAAGCUUGGGCCGAAGUGCAGAGGCAGCUCAGCAUCGUGGUGGCGGCGCUGGAGGGUGCGGCUGCCACCCUGCGGCCCGUGGCCGACCUCUGA